UGGGUUUGAAUGUAAAGUACACGCACAAAUAAAUACAUCAUAGUGUAUAUAUAUUUAGGGUCCCACCAAUUAGUGUACAUUACCUGAAAAAACAUUUGGGCUCGAAAAUAACACCCAAUAAUAAUUAGUAAUUAUAGGCCCAAUUUUGAAAAAUUGAAUUUCUGUUAGAAAAAAUAAACAAAACCUGGUGAUGGUUCCCUCCUCUUCUUGCCGCACACUCUAAAAUCAAAUGGCGCGUAAAAAGCUAGUCUUCUAAAUCUCAGAUACAUCACUUCCAAAUUAAGUUCAAAGUCCCUCCUAUUCACACACUUCAUAUACACUUCUUCAGUUCCUCCUCAAUUCCAUCUUUCUCUUCUUUCUUUCUCUCUCUAGUUCUUACAUUAAUGGUGGUUCUAAAUCCAAAACCUCAAAACAACAACAAAGAGAAUGUCUCAUACUCAAAGAUGAUCACCAUUUCUGUUAAAGUCCCUCUUGAUUCUUCUUCAUCCAUCGACAAAGACAAAAUCCAAUUCAGAAUCAGAAGAAGACAGCCUCUUAAAGACAUCACAAAUCUCUUUGUCUCAGCAUCACCAUUGCCCUCUUCACCCACUCUAUCAUUUGAUUCCAAGUGCAUUAAGGGAAGAUCUGGUGUUGGUCUCAAGACUGCUGCUACUUCUUCUAAAUUAUCUUGUAGAAAUUUUAGAUGAUUUUCUUAUUUUGUAAUUGGUAUCUAUCGAUACCAUGUCAUUAACAUUCAUAUACCCAACACACAAGAUAUAGUUCCA